AUGAAGCCAGUUGGAAAAGUGCUUUUUGCAACAGGGCUCCUGCUUGGGCUCCUAGCUUACUACUGGAGGGACCCUUUUAACCCAGAGAGCCUGGUUGGUGCUCGUGUCCUGCUGACUGGAGCCAGUGCUGGAAUUGGAGAGCAGAUGGCUUAUCAUUAUGCCAGGUUUGGGGCUGAAAUUGUCCUGACUGCUAGGAGGGAAGCUGUGCUGCAGAAGGUGAUGGAGAAAUGCCUGACCCUGGGAGCAAAGAAGGUCUUCUUGAUCCCUGCAGAUAUGUCUUCCCCUUCAGAGCCUGAGAGGGUGGUGCAUUUUGCUGUCCAAAAGCUGGGGGGCUUGGAUUACCUGGUGCUGAACCACAUCGGUGCCAACCGUUUCCAGAUGUGGGCUGGAGAUGUGGAGUUCACUCGCUGGCUGAUGCAGGUGAAUUUCUUCAGUUAUGUGGCACUUGCAACAGCAGCUCUUCCCACCCUGGAGAGGAGCAAUGGCUCCCUGGUGGUUGUUUCUUCCCUUGCAGGGAAAAUUGCCACUCCCUUCACCACUUCUUAUUCUGCCACCAAGUUUGCCCUGGAUGGAUUCUUCAGCUCGCUGCGCCACGAGCUCAUGAUGCAGAGGAAGGAUGUCUCUGUCACACUCUGCAUCCUGGGCCUGAUUGACACUGACUCAGCAAUGGAGAGCACCAGGGGCAAAGUGCACAUCCCUGCCUCUCCUGCUUCUGAAGCUGCUCUUGCCAUCAUCUCUGGGGGUGCCACACGUGUGCAGCAGGUUUUCUACCCAUGGCAGCUGCAGCAAGUGUACUACCUCUGGGUUCUGGCCCCCAGCAACCAGGUUCUGCAGAGUUACUACAACUACACCAGUCCCUGA